UGCAGUGCACCUUCCAGCACUUACAGUCAGCCAUUUUGCACAGGGCAUCGCGGAUGCUUUUUCUCCCUGACCAAAGGAUAUUUGGUUUUUCUAUCAAAAUUCGUUGAUUUCGAGACGUCAAAUCGAAACACCCCAAUAGCGGAGAAAAUAUACCGGUAGCUUGAGUGCAAUUGGCAAGUGGAAAUUGUCGGAAAGGGCCAGUUUUAGACCCCAAAAAAGCAGCCAGCGCAGACGUCACACCUUUUCAGUCACCAAUACGAAAGCACCGUUACAAUUACUAAUACUAUUACCACAAGCGACGGGCAUAGACUAACACCACAACAACAACAAAACAAGUGCUAGAAAAGUAUAUAGCAAUUCAAAGUACUUUUUUAGUACUUUCUUCUCGCCUUGAAUUUACCUGCGUUUCCUCGCGAAAGCCGCUUGAAUUUUUUGGAAAUAUUACGCAAGUAUUAUUUCUAGUCGUACCCGUUGAAUAAUCAUGGCUCAGUAAACAUGAAUCCGCAACGAGAAUACUCUGCUAGACUCACUCCGUGUGGAGACCAAGGCAAGACGCAAUUAGCUGCCCACUGGCAGCUGCCCAGCACCAAUACUAUUAGUACUUCCCAUUACCCCAAUAACAAUAACAACAACAACGAUGGACAGCAACAACAGCAGCAGCAAGAAGCAGCCUCAAUCCUCUCAUCAUGGCAAAUCCUCGUCUGGUGAUUCGCAAAGGAAGUCCAGUGAAGUACAUGCCAACGGCAACAAGCAGCGGCAGAACCGCCGACGGGAGCAGCUUCCCACACCACGUAACGAUCAGCAGCAGCAACAGCGCAGCGUCAGGCAGCAGCAACCACAACAACAGGCACAGCAACCUGCCAAGCUACGUCCCAAUGUGGACAAGCGGCCGAGGGCUCGCGGCGGAGGCGGAGGGGCAUACGAUUUCCCUGCAUCCCGCGGCGAAGACGGGACUCCAGGCGGCGCCCGACUAGAUCAUUAUGGCGCUGGCUACCCUCGUAGCGGUGACUUUGAACAUGAACUCAACUCUGUGUACGCACAGGGCAGCAAGAAGCAGAAUCUGAACCAUCUGCUCAACUUUCACUGCGUGCCGAGGGAACUGCAGCGUGGCGGCCAUCAUCAGCACCACCAGCAGCACCAUGGCCUGGGCAUUCGGAAGCAGCGCUACAACAAGGAGCAGUUCUUGCAGGCCAACUUCCAGUUCGUCAUUCGAUUGGGGGCCAAAGCCGAGGUGAAUGGCUCGCCAGAUACGCUUAUCGACUGGAGCUACAUCGAGCAGAUCAAUAUCCAGACCACGGAGGAGUUGCAGUGUCCCAUCUGUCUGUAUCCCCCGGUGGCAGCCAAGCUCACCAGAUGUGGCCACGCCUACUGCUGGCCCUGCUUGCUGCACUACCUCUCGCUGAGCGACAAGACCUGGCGCAAGUGUCCCAUUUGCUAUGACGCCAUUCACGCCGGAGAUCUGAAGAGCUGCACCAUCGAGCAGCAGAGGGAUUUGCAGGUGGGCGAAAGGAUUACCUUCCAGUUGAUGCGCCGUCGCAAGGGCUGCAUGUACAUCGAAAAACAGGCUGCAGGACUAGGAGAAACCAUUGAACGUUUCCCAUUCGUGACCGCUGGAGAAGAGGCUAAACGAUAUUCCAAGUUUCUAAUAGCCAAGCGGUCGGACGUGGGCGCCAUCAUUGAGAGGGAGCGUGGCGAACUGCUAGCCGAAUCGGAUGACUCCUGUCCGGAGGAUGUCUUUAUUCAGCAGGCUCUUGUGAUGCUUCAAGAGCGUGGUGAGAAAUUGGGACUGGAGAAACCCGAUCCCAGAGAGGAGGAACAGGAGGAACUACCAGCACCUGUGCUUUGUCUGGAGGAAGAAACCAAGCUUGAUAUUGAGAAGCCAGACGAUGCCUCCAUUUCAUCGGGAGAGGCAUCGACCAGUCUGAGCUCCUCCUCGAACAAUCAUUAUUAUUAUUUCUACCAGUCCAACGACGGACAAAACAUCUACUUGCAUCCCUUGAAUGUGAAGAUGCUGCAAGCAUGCUAUGGUACCUUGGAUUUAGGUCCACUGCUGAUCGAAGCACAGAUUGUGCAGAUGGAGCAGCACUCCAUGGACGAGGAGCAUCGUCGCAAGUUCACCUGUCUUGGUCAUUUGCCUUUGACUUGCCAGUUUUCGGUUGUGGAAGUCGAACUGCAACCGCCAAUUGUCUCUGGAGGAAUACUCAAGCUCUUUAAGGAGGAUAUUCUUCAUCGUAAGAAGGAGCGUCAGCGCCGGGAUCGCGAGGAGCGCAAGAGAGAGCAGCACAUCAACGAAAUCAAUGACCGUCAGAUGGGCAAACUGAUUGCCAGUGCAGCUAACCUCAACUUAAGCUCGUCUCAUGAAUUUCCCACUUUCGGCUUCGAGGAGGCUUUACCCACGCCAAGUGGCUCGGUGCCCAUGACAAUUAACCGGCAGGACAGUGGUUCACGCUACUCCAGCGUCACUCUGGGAAGUGCUAGUCCCAAGCAGGAGUUAUGGCCCACUAUUGGAAGUGGCUCUCCUGGCAAUACCGUUGCAUCAUUGGAUUUCCAGGUGGGCGCUUGGGGUCGUUCGGCUCCACCGCCACCACGAGCUGUAGCGACCACCAAAAUCAGUGAUGAAGAUUCAGAGCAACGAUCUUUGGGCCACUGGGGUCUGGGUGAACUUUUGGUAGGAGCCUUGGAUCAGAAAAAGCAAAAGGUAGAAGCAGGAAAAGCAAAUGGAGGAGCUGCCCCCGCCGAGUCCAAGAAGCAGAAAAAAGCCAAGGGCAAGAAAAUGGUUCCCCUGUUUGCCAUGGGCAUGAACAGAGCUCCAUGAAAGAGUAGUAAAUCACUUAUGAAGAUUUAUUGUAUUUUGUAUUUUUUGUUUGAUGCGAAUAUUUCAACGUUAUUUCAAAUAACAAAAACACGAUUGUUUUUUCAUUGAAGAUGAUUUGAAAAAUCAUUAAGCUAAUCUAUAAUUUAUACCAACUUAUAUUCACAAUAUCCAUAUGCAUAACUAAUUAAUGGUAAUCCAAUAAAGGCAGCAAGCAAAACACUAAA